AUUUGGAUUAAGCGAAGAUAACUAAUGACAAUUCUGGACCAGAACCAGAUCGAAACCCAACCCAUUAAGAGGCCCAACCCUCACGCCACCUUGCAUUUCCACCCUUCAGGUCAUUCUCCACUCACUGACUUCAGAUCAGUGCAUUAGCUGAGGGGAAUCCCUGUUAGAAACUGGAAAGAAACCAGUACAGCGUCUUCAUUCUUAAAGAAGAUGAGUAGCUCAGACGAAGAAUCAGACUUAAGUGAAUCUGAGAUCAAUGACUACAAGGAGAAACCUUAUGAAGAACUGAGGUCAGGUAAAUUUAAAGUAAAAGGUCCAAAUGGGUGCCUUCGAUGUCCGUUUUGCGCGGGGAAGAAGAAACAAGAUUACAAGUACAAGGAUCUUCUUCAGCAUGCUACAGGAGUCGGCAAAGGUUCUGCAAACAGAAGGUUAAUACAGAAAGCAAACCACUUGGCACUGGCGCAGUACUUGGAGACAGAUCUAGCAGAUGAGGCUGAGCCACUACCAGAACGAGCAGUUCAACCGGUCCAUGUCGCUUCUGAACAGAAUAACCUGUACUGCUGGCCUUGGAUAGGCAUUGUUGUGAAUGUAUUGGAAAAAGUAACUGAGAAUGCAGUAGAGGAGGAAGAGUUUUGGUUAAAGAGGUUUUCAAAAUAUGGGGCUCAGGAGGUGAAGAUCUUCUGUGAUGAUAAGUCGCGCACUUCCGAACUUGCUAUCAAAUUCAAAAGAGAUUGGACCGGUUAUAAGAAUGCAUUGGAGUUUGAGAUGGCAUUUGUGGCUGACUGCUGCAGUAAGAGAGACUGGAAUGCUCAAAGGUCCUCACCCGGAUCAAAUAUAUACGGUUGGUUUGCAAGAGAGGAUGAUUACCAUUCAGAUGGGGCAAUCGGUUAUUACCUCCGCGAGAUAGGGCAGUUGAAAACCAUCACUGAUCUUGAACAAGAAGAAAAGAUGGACAAGAUCAAAGUUGUUGCUGAUCUAGCAAGUGAGAUUGACUUGAAGAAUAAAAACCUUGAUGAACUGCAGACAAGGUUCAAUGAGAAGACCUUGUCCCUGAGUAGAAUGCUUGAGGAAAAGGACAUACUUCACCGUGCUUUUUGUGAAGAGUCUAGGAAGAUGCAGCGUCUUGCACGGGAGCAUGUCCAAAGGGUCUUACAUGAACAAGAAAGUCUGAAUACGGAAUUGGAGAACAAGAAGAAGCAGCUUGAUUCUUGGAGCAGAGAACUGAACAAGCGUGAAGUCUUGACUGAGCGUGAAAAGCAAAAACUUGAAGAGGAGAAGCAAAAGAAUGAUGCAAGAAACAGUUCACUUGAAAUGGCCUCCGAGGAGCAGAAAAAGGCUGAUGAAAAUGUGUUGAGGCUUGUUGAAGAGCACAAGAGGGAGAAGGAUGAGGCCCUGCAAAAGAUACUCAAGCUGGAGAAGGAUAUUGAUGCCAAGCAGAAACUUGAAAUGGAAAUAGAAGACCUGAAUGGAAAACUGGAGGUGAUGAAGCAUAUGGGUGGGGAGGAUGAUGCGGCAGUGCAGGCAAAAAUUAAGGAGAUGAAUGAGCAGUUAGAAUCCAAAAGGGAGGAGAUGCAAGACUUGGAUGAAAUGAACAGUGCUCUGCUGAAGAGGGAACGCCAGAGUAACGAUGAGCUGCAAGAAGCCCGCAAAGCACUGCUGCAGGCUGAUAUGCUGAGUCUACGUCAUUCUCAUAUUGGGAUAAAACGAAUGGGGGAAAUCGACUCCAAAGUCUUCCAAAACGUCUGCAAGCAAAGGUUCUCUAGUGAGGAAGCAGAUGUGAAGGCCCUUGAACUUUGCUCUCUAUGGCAGGAGAAAGUGAAAGACUCCAACUGGCAUCCGUUCAUCAUGAUCCAAAAAGAUGAAGACAACUAUGAGGAAAAGCUAAAUGGGGAAGACAAAGAGCUGUGCGAUCUGAAGGAGCAGUGGGGUGAAGAAAUUUAUAGGGCGGUCACCAAAGCCCUGGAAGAGGUGAAUGAAUACAACCCCAGCGGAAGGUACGUGGUCCCUGAGCUGUGGAACUUCAAAGAAGAAAGAAAGGCCACCUUGAAGGAAGUUAUUGCAUUCAUCUUCAAACAGCUCAAGACUGGGAAGCGGAAGAGGGCUUGAAUAGCCAGUGGAUGGGAGGGCUUAGUGCACCCCCAUAUAUGAAUACAUUAUAUGAAUAAUCUUUAUGUACUUGAUGUUUAAAUCCUUAUCAAGAUUUCAGUUUCGGUAAAUAUCAAGAUUGUGAGUCAAUAGGCAUGACGUUUCACGAGCAAAGAAAGAGCUGAUUGAGUAUGAGAUGUCGUUUAAAAUGAGGUGGCAUGUUCACGCGUACAAUUAGGGAUUUAGCCAUUUACGGCCUGUUUAGAUGGAGUGUUGAGAAGUGUUAGUAACGGAAGUGUUAGUAAGUGUUGGCAAUGGCCCGGAAGGGAAAGUAAGUGUAAGUGUUAGACAUAAACUUACCUUGUUUGGGAGAGUUAAAAAAUGAAGUGUUAAUAACGGAAGUGUUUUAAGUAAAAUUGACCAUAAUGUCC